AAAAAGCAAAAAAAAGAGAGCCAUGGAGAAAUAGGGAAAGGAAAAUACCCAUAGAACAGCAUAGCAUACCUUGUAGUAGGAUCUGUUCGAGAACAUGUUCCUGGCAUAGGAGAAGAUUUGAGAAGAAAUAAAAUGAGAAAGGAAUAGGAGGAGAAAUCAGGAGAGACUUGGAGAAGAAGCAGUAGAUCAUGAAGAAGUCGGGGGGGAGUUUGAAUCAGAGGAGUCAUAAAUAUGGUAGCACUGGUAUGCGACCAAAUCAACCACACAUGUCCUAAACCCACUAAAACACAGGAGGACAUCUGUGGGGAAACUUGCUCAGUAAAAGAGAAGCUGUGAAAGUUCCAGACUUUGGAUGGAGUACCUAGCAAAAGGCUUUCCAAAUUUAUGUUAUAGCCCAAGAUAGUCCUUUAAUCUGGCUCAUAAGUGUAGUUGUACAUUCCAACCAAUCCAUGCAAUUGACUCAAUGAUUUGAUUGUGAUGCAAAUACCUGUGCAGUACUAUCUGAAGGCUGCUUUUGGUUUUGAAAAGAAUCAAUUUUCUGAAAUUCUGAUGAUGGUUGGAAUUGGUUCGAUUGUGUCUCAGAUGUUGGUGCUUCCAGUAAUCAAUCCAUUGGUUGGAGAGAAGGUGAUAUUGUGCAUGGGUUUACUUGCUUCAAUAGCUUAUGCAUUAUUUGACGGCCUUGCUUGGGCAGCAUGGGUGCCAUACCUGAGUGCCUCAUUUAAAGUUGUUGUUGUCCUUGUACGACCUGCUACUUAUGCUAUCAUUUCCAAAGCAUCAAGUUCAACCAAUCAGGGGAAAGCACAAGGAUUUAUUGCUGGUGUGGAAUCAAUAGCAAGUCUGUUAUCACCACUUGUAAUGAGUCCAUUAACUUCAUGGUUCAUAUCUAAAAGUGCCCCAUUCAACUGCAAAGGUUUCAGCCUUGUAUGUGCAUCCAUAUGCAUGGUUAUUGCUUUAUGUUAUGCUUGCUUGCUUAAACCUGACGAAGCCUCAAACUGCGUUUCGGAGUCGGGGGAUGACAUUGAAGCUCCACUUCUAGGUGAUAGUUGAUGAUCCAUUGAUUGUAGGUCUUAAGUAGUUUGUAAAUGUUUUUCUUAGCGGAUAAUGUAAAUAUUCUGCGUCCUUGAGUAGAUUGAUGUUAUAAUUAUGUCUGCAAUUUUCUUAAGAAAGUAUCUCUCUCUCUGCUACUUUCCUUAA